AUGAACUCUAUGUUCUCGUCUCAUAUCCGUGAACACGGGAGCAUACCGUGGGAUGACAACUAUAUGAAAAUUAGCUCCGGCUACGAUCUCCGCAAACAGCAGUCGUUGCGCUCGCCUUUUUGGCCAUGUCAUCCCUCCUCUGAACUUCCAAGUACGGACCUGCACACUCUGGAGAUCAGCAGCAAGAUAUUGCGCGAUGAGGAAACUUUACUCCAAUACAUGACCUCUGACACACGGGCACUUGCAUCGGUCUUUACUGUCUUCAAUCUUAAAGCCUCCCUUGAGGCACUCAAGACCGCUCAAUGUAGCAAGACGUCCAUGGUAGUGAUCAGGCGUUGCACUAUUACGCUGCCUGCUGAGCAUUAUGAGCAUUUGCUUGAGCUCUCUGACGAAGCAGAGUCCUGUUUUGGGCGGCUGAAUUGGUACGGGGAGGGCAACGCACGAACCUUCACGACAAGGUACGGCCAGUACUGCAUUACUGGAAGAACUCGUCAAUCCACAUUCUUUGCCGUGAGCACCUACUCGGCCGAUACAAAGCAGGAACUCGACCGGUUUGCCAGUACGCUUUCGGCGGACUUCAGCGGAAAGGCGGUGUCCGUCGAAGCUGCAUCUUCCUUCGAGAUGGGUUCAUCCCACACAUCCGAUAGCAUCAGGGAAACGCAUGAAAUCGUCGUCGUUGGAUGCGGUUCGCGGAACUUGCAACACCGGCUCCACACAAUCGAUAUUCAGAAAGCUUGGGUCGACUUCCUUGAGCACUACACGCCCAUACCAGUCCUGGCGCACAUUACGCACUAUGCCAAUAUUGACAUCAGAAUCAAACAUCCAGAAGGGUCGCUGUCUAUCACAGAAGACUUUCGGAAUGCGGCUGAGCUUGCCCAGCUUCUCCAGAUUGCCGCUCGAUCCAAUCGUCUGGUCGGCGCUCGAGCCCUAGAGAUAUCCGUCCAGUCGACGAUUUUGAAGCUGGCUGAUCUACACGUAUACGCCGAAGAUGAUGACGAGGCCCUUCAACAAUGCGUGGCGACUCUAACGAACGUCCGAGAAGAGCUAAGAGGAGUGUGGGAUCGACGGCGAAAGCUGGCAAAGAUGAUGACUGAAACAGAAGGCCAAACCGAGAAGUGGAAGUUAAACAAAUGA